CAAGAACGUGAGUAAUGGUUCCUUCGCCUUCAUUGUUUACAUCACAAUUUUCUUACAUGUGCAGCUUACCAUCAUCCUAUGAAUUUCUAUUCCAAUGACAUUUUGUCCAUGUUUUAUAUGAAAAUAGAUGGAAAAUAUAAGAGAAAUUCAAGAACCAGUAAAGAUGAAAAUGGAAUUUGAUGAUGAAGCAGUAGAGGACGAAAAUCUCAAUAAUCACAUUGAUUUUCCACCAGAAGUUCAGAAUGCUAUUGAGCAGGUUUUACCAAGUACAGAUCCUUUAGAUCAUCCUGAUUUCAAUGCAGUCGAUUACAUAAAUAAAUUAUUCCCCACAGAGCAGUCAUUGUCUAAUAUUGAUGAAGUUACAGGAAGAAUGAAAUUCAAAAUCAGGCAACUGGAUGAUGAGAUUCGUACAGUUGUUCGUGGUCAGACAAGUGUUGGGCAAGAUGGCCGUCAAGCAUUGGAAGAAGCUCAAAGAGCUAUUCAGCAGCUGUUUGCUCGAAUCAAAGACAUAAAAGAUAAAGCGGAGAAAUCAGAACACAUGGUAAAAGAAAUUACUCGUGAUAUCAAGCAAUUGGACCAUGCAAAACGUCAUCUUACUGCUUCAAUACUUACGUUGAAUCAACUUCACAUGCUGGUUGAUGGUGUAGAUAAACUUCAGAAUUUAGUAAAGAAGCGCCAAUAUGGUGAAAUCGCUAACUUACUGCAGGGUGUGACAAAUGUAUUGGAUCAUUUUCAAAAAUACAUCAGGAUCCCACAAAUCGCACACUUAGCUGAAAAGUCUCAAAAAAUAAAAGCAGAUUUAACCUCUCAAAUAACUAGUGAUUUUCAAAAUGCAUUUGCUGGUCCCAAUUCUAAGCACUUCACAGCUAGUCAACAGUUAGCAGAAGCAUGUUUGGUUGUAUCAAUUUUGGAACCUAAAGUUAAGAAAGAACUAUUGAAAUGGUUUGUUGGGAUUCAGCUGUCUGAAUAUUCUCAUUUAUAUCAAGAAACUCAGGAAAUUGCAUGGUUAGAUAAAAUUGAUAAAAGGUAUUCAUGGUUAAAAAAGCAUCUAAUUGAAUUUGAAGAAAAAUUUGGUCGCAUGUUUCCUCCUGAUUGGGAAGUUAGUGAACUCAUAGCUGUAGAAUUUUGUCAUAUUACAAGGAAAGAACUCGGGAAAAUUAUGGUCUCUAGAAAAUCUGAAUUAAAUGUUCAAUUGUUGCUGUUUGCUAUUGAGAAAACAACAAACUUUGAAUCACUUUUGUCUCGUCGUUUCUCUGGAAUAACUUUAGAUGCAUCUGCAAUUAACCAAGCAACAAAUAGUGAGACUUCUAAUCCAUUUGAAGAACCUGAUGAGACAAAUCCAUUUAAGGAAGAUAUCAAAAAAGAGGAAGGUUCGCCAGAGAGCACUUCUGCUGAAAAGUCAUCCAUCAUGAAAAUUACUAAUCCAUUCCAAGGCAUCAUAUCUCGUUGUUUCGAACCUCAUCUAACAAUUUAUGUUGAAUAUCAAGAUCGAAAUCUAGCUCAAUUGAUGAAUGGCUUCAUAGAAGAUUCUCAAAAGUCUGAACUACCUCGUCCUGAAGUCGACCAAGCAAGUGUCUUACCAUCUUGUGCGGACCUCUUUGUUUUCUAUAAAAAGUGCCUUGUUCAGUGUUCCCAGUUAAGUGUUGGGCAACCCCUUCUCCAGCUAACCAUAGUCUUUCAGAAAUACCUACGAGAAUAUGCUCACAAAGUUCUCCAAAACAGUUUACCGAAAGGAAGCAAUACUCCAUCGUCUGCCAAUUUAAUUCAGAGUCUUCUGAAAGAAGGUGAAGUCACAAAAUUUAGCCCUGCUGAACAGAUUCGUGUAUGCAGUAUAUUGACUACUGCUGAUUAUUGCUUGGAAACUACUUUACAGUUAGAAGGCAAGCUAAAAGAAAAAGUCGACCCUACUCUUGCAAGUCAGGUGAAUUUGGUUUCUGAACAAGACAUUUUUCACAAGUGA